AACAACUGAUACCAGCCGGAAAACAGCACCGUCAUGCUGCUUUUAACCCUACUUUUCGUGUCGUCAGCUGUAGCGACCCCUCUGCUUGGCACAGAGCAGUGUGCUCGUGGCCCCCUCUACUGGUGUCAGAAUGUGAAGACGGCAUCCCUGUGUGGAGCUGUGACUCACUGUAGUCAGAAUGUGUGGAGCAAGCCUCAGAUGAAAACAGUGCCAUGUGAUUUGUGCAAAGAGGUAUUGAUGGUGGUAGAGCAGAUACUGAAGGAAAAUGCCACUCAGGGAGAGGUUCUUGGUUACCUGGAAAAAGCCUGUCAGCUCAUCCCCGAUCAGAGUAUGGCAGCUGAGUGUAAGGAGAUGGUGGAUGACUAUUUCCCCAUCAUCAUGGGAAUCCUUACUGGAGAACUGGAGGAUCCUAGUGUGGUGUGUGGUGCCAUAGGCCUGUGUAAGUCUCAGCAGGUAGCCCUGGCAAAGGUUGAAGCCCAGGCCCAGGAGCAACUUAAGUCAAACGAAAUCCCCCAGAUUGACCUUUCCCAUCCAGUGGUUCCUUUCCUCUUCAAUGUGCCUCAGCUACUUUAUCCACAGGAGGCCCCCAAGCAGGAGGCGCCCAAGCAGGACAGUAAUGAUGUGUGCCAGGACUGCAUCAAGUUCCUGACCGAUGCUCAAGAAGAAGCCAAGGCAAACGCCUCAUUUGUUGACUCUCUUAUUGCGAAUAUUGAGAGGCAGUGUGACCUGAUGGGCCCAGGCUUGGCUGCAAUGUGCAAGCAGUAUGUCUCUCAGUAUGGCACCCUUGUGGUUGACAUGCUCAUGAGCAUGGAACAGGAACCCAAAGAGCUGUGUGUCCAUGCUGGCUUCUGUACUGCUGCUUUGAAGAAGAUGACUCCCAUGCUGAAGCUGCAGGUUGCUAAGACUGUACCAGCAACCAAGGCUGUACCCGCUCUCAAGAUGGUCCCUGCCACCAAGAUUGUGUCUGACAAGCCCAUGGUGCGUGUCCGUGAUUCCCCAAAGUGUGCCAUCUGCGAGUAUGUGAUGAAGCAGCUGGAAGACAUGCUGGAGGAUCAGACCACAGAGGAGGAGGUGAUUCAUUCUGUGGAGAAGGUGUGCACAUAUCUGCCCUCCACUCUCACUGCCCAGUGUAAAGACCUGAUUGAGACCUAUGGCCAGGCCAUCAUUGAGCUGCUGGUGCAGCAGGCUGAUCCAAAGACCAUCUGCACAGUGUUGGCGCUCUGUGCUGAUGCCAACCGUGCGUUUGUCCCUCCACUGGAUCAAAGUCUCUAUAAGACUGGUGGUUACUGUGAGGUGUGCAAGAUGGCUGUCAAUUACAUCGAUGGAAUUCUGGAGAAGAACGCGACAGAGGAACAGUUCGAGGAGGCUGUGAGGAAAGUGUGCCGCUUCCUGCCUGAAUCUUUUCAGACACAGUGUGACCAGAUGAUUGUACAGUACGAGCCAGUGAUGGUCCAGCUGCUGCUCCAGAUGCUUGACCCAGAAUUUGUGUGCAUGAAAGUAGGAGCCUGUCCUGAAGGCGGGCCCAUGCUGCUGGGAAUGGAGCAGUGCAUUUGGGGACCUUCAUUCUGGUGCAAGAGCAUGCAGACAGCAAUUCGAUGCAAUGCCGUGGCUCACUGCAAACGCCAUGUGUGGGUAUAAAAGGAGAUGGCACAAAUUCAUGUAUAGGGAAUUAAAAGAAAGGAAAAAAAAGAGUGCUGCUUUCCAAUUUUAAUUAAUGUCCUGUUUUCAUUUUUAAUAGACUUAAAUGAUUGCCAUUUCUGUUCAAAAUUAACGUUGAUAUUUUGAUGGUGGAAAUUUACAGGCUUUUGGUGUAAGUGUAACGAGAGAAAGAGAUUGUAUAUAGGGACAUGCAGCUUGUGCCUCUCCCUGCUUCACUGAGCAGUUUUACAUAAUUUGAGUUGCAUAUCCCCUUUUUCGCUUACUGGGUGUUGUAUGUUCAGGUUCACAAAUUUAAAGAUUCACAUGUAAAUUUUUGAAAUAGAAUUGGCUGGCUGUCCUGAUCAGACUCUACCAGCUGCAUUUGAUAUCACACAGGACCUAAUUGCAAAUGGCUCUGUGUGUUGAAUGAAUGGCAUUACUUUAAGUCCCAUGUCUGACUGUGUUUUGUAGACUUUUUGUUUUGUUCUGAUUUCCCGUUGUUUGCAAAUCAGUAUCUUGCAUACAAAAAUUUGAUUUGUCUGCUUCAGACCCAGAGCCAAUUGUCAUUGUAAAUCUUUAACAAUUAAAGUGAUUCCAAUCCA